CUGCGGGAGGAGGGGAAAGAGGAGGGAGCGUCUCUGCCACCGCCUCCUGGUCCCCAGCGCCGAUCCGCCGCCGCCACCUCCCUCCGCGGCGAUCCUCCCUCCAUGGUCCUGCCGCGGCCCCCUCUGUAGUCGGAGCUGCUCCGCGACGCGACGGAGCCGGCCUCGGACAGAGGGAGCGGUCGCGGCCUCGCGGCCCGCGCGGGCUGACGAGCGGAGAGCGCGACGCCGCGCGGUCCCCGAGGAUCCGCACGCCGGGCAGCGCGGCCCGAGCAGCGCGAGAAGCAGCGGGCGGGCGGGCGGCGCCGGGCCCGGGCCGCCCUCGCUCCCGCGCCCCGGCCCCGCCGCCCGCGCCGGGGCGGUCGCCUGCAGAGGAAGGCGCCGCAGUCUCUGGGCCUCGCGGCCCCACUCGAGCGUCCUCGGCACCGAGGGCUCGCGGGUCCUGAGGGGAGGAGGCGAUCCCGGGGCUGGGCACUGAGCUCUUGGGCGCCCCCACCCCCGUUUUCGAAGCCCUCCACGCUGCGGCCGCUAUCCCCUCCGGACCAUGGCCGACGACGACGUGCUGUUCGAGGAUGUGUACGAGCUAUGCGAGGUGAUCGGAAAGGGUCCCUUCAGUGUUGUACGACGAUGUAUCAACAGAGAAACUGGGCAACAAUUUGCUGUAAAAAUUGUUGAUGUAGCCAAGUUCACAUCAAGUCCAGGGUUAAGUACAGAAGAUCUAAAGCGGGAAGCCAGUAUCUGUCAUAUGCUGAAACAUCCACACAUUGUAGAGUUAUUGGAGACAUAUAGCUCAGAUGGAAUGCUUUACAUGGUUUUCGAAUUUAUGGAUGGAGCAGAUCUGUGUUUUGAAAUCGUAAAGCGAGCUGACGCUGGUUUUGUGUACAGUGAAGCUGUAGCCAGCCAUUAUAUGAGACAGAUACUGGAAGCUCUACGCUACUGCCAUGAUAAUAACAUAAUUCACAGGGAUGUGAAGCCCCACUGUGUUCUCCUUGCCUCAAAAGAAAACUCGGCCCCUGUUAAACUUGGAGGCUUUGGGGUAGCUAUUCAAUUAGGGGAGUCUGGACUUGUAGCUGGAGGACGUGUUGGAACACCUCAUUUUAUGGCACCAGAAGUGGUCAAAAGAGAGCCUUACGGAAAGCCUGUAGACGUCUGGGGAUGCGGUGUGAUCCUUUUUAUCCUGCUCAGUGGUUGUUUGCCUUUUUACGGAACCAAGGAAAGAUUGUUUGAAGGCAUUAUUAAAGGAAAAUAUAAGAUGAAUCCAAGGCAGUGGAGCCAUAUCUCUGAAAGUGCCAAAGACCUAGUACGUCGCAUGCUGAUGCUGGAUCCAGCUGAAAGGAUCACUGUUUAUGAAGCACUGAAUCACCCAUGGCUUAAGGAGCGGGAUCGUUAUGCCUACAAGAUUCAUCUUCCAGAAACAGUAGAGCAGCUGAGGAAAUUCAAUGCAAGGAGGAAACUAAAGGGUGCAGUACUAGCCGCUGUGUCAAGUCACAAAUUCAACUCAUUCUAUGGGGAUCCCCCUGAAGAGUUACCAGAUUUCUCCGAAGACCCUACCUCCUCAGGACUUCUAGCAGCAGAAAGAGCAGUCUCACAGGUGCUGGACAGCCUAGAAGAGAUUCACGCGCUUACAGACUGCAGUGAAAAGGACCUAGAUUUUCUACACAGUGUUUUCCAGGAUCAGCAUCUUCACACACUACUAGAUCUGUAUGACAAAAUUAACACAAAGUCUUCACCACAAAUCAGGAAUCCUCCAAGCGAUGCAGUACAGAGAGCCAAAGAGGUAUUGGAAGAAAUUUCAUGUUACCCUGAGAAUAAUGAUGCAAAGGAACUAAAGCGUAUUUUGACACAACCUCAUUUCAUGGCCUUACUUCAGACUCACGACGUAGUGGCACAUGAAGUUUACAGUGAUGAAGCAUUGAGGGUCACACCUCCUCCCACCUCUCCCUAUUUAAACGGCGAUUCUCCAGAAAGUGCUAACGGAGACAUGGAUAUGGAGAAUGUGACCAGAGUUCGGCUGGUACAGUUCCAAAAGAACACAGAUGAACCAAUGGGAAUCACUUUAAAAAUGAAUGAACUAAAUCAUUGUAUUGUUGCAAGAAUUAUGCAUGGGGGCAUGAUUCACAGGCAAGGUACACUUCAUGUUGGUGAUGAAAUUCGAGAAAUCAAUGGCAUCAGUGUGGCUAACCAAACAGUGGAACAACUGCAAAAAAUGCUUAGGGAAAUGCGGGGGAGUAUUACCUUCAAGAUUGUGCCAAGUUACCGCACUCAGUCUUCAUCCUGUGAGAGAGAUUCCCCUUCCACUUCCAGACAGUCCCCAGCUAAUGGUCAUAGCAGCACUAACAAUUCUGUUUCGGACUUGCCAUCAACUACCCAACCAAAAGGACGACAGAUCUAUGUAAGAGCACAAUUUGAAUAUGAUCCAGCCAAGGAUGACCUCAUCCCCUGUAAAGAAGCUGGCAUUCGAUUCAGAGUUGGUGACAUCAUCCAGAUUAUUAGUAAGGAUGAUCAUAAUUGGUGGCAGGGUAAACUGGAAAACUCCAAAAACGGAACUGCAGGUCUCAUUCCUUCUCCUGAACUUCAGGAAUGGCGAGUAGCUUGCAUUGCCAUGGAGAAGACCAAACAGGAGCAGCAGGCCAGCUGUACUUGGUUUGGCAAGAAAAAGAAGCAGUACAAAGAUAAAUAUUUGGCAAAGCACAAUGCAGUGUUUGAUCAAUUAGAUCUUGUCACAUAUGAAGAAGUAGUAAAACUGCCAGCAUUCAAAAGGAAAACACUAGUCUUAUUAGGUGCACAUGGUGUUGGGAGAAGACACAUAAAAAACACUCUCAUCACAAAGCACCCAGACCGGUUUGCGUACCCUAUUCCACAUACAACCAGACCUCCAAAGAAAGAUGAAGAAAAUGGAAAGAAUUAUUACUUUGUAUCUCAUGACCAAAUGAUGCAAGACAUCUCUAAUAACGAGUACUUGGAGUACGGCAGCCACGAGGAUGCGAUGUAUGGGACAAAACUGGAGACCAUCCGGAAGAUCCACGAGCAGGGGCUGAUUGCAAUACUGGACGUGGAGCCUCAGGGAUUGGAAAAAUCUUCUGGCCAGGGGUGGCUAGAGGCAAAGUCUCAAUCCUGGUCCUGGUCUUCGACAUCCUCUCCUUGGGUUCCACACUGGUCUUCACCUGAACGUCGUUUUCUGCUGGCACUGAAGGUCCUAAGAACUGCGGAGUUUGCUCCUUUUGUUGUUUUCAUUGCUGCACCAACUAUUACUCCAGGUUUAAAUGAGGAUGAAUCUCUUCAGCGUCUGCAGAAGGAGUCUGACAUCUUACAGAGAACAUAUGCACACUACUUCGAUCUCACAAUUAUCAACAAUGAAAUUGAUGAGACAAUCAGACAUCUGGAGGAAGCUGUUGAGCUCGUGUGCACAGCCCCACAGUGGGUCCCUGUCUCCUGGGUCUAUUAGGCCUCUCCCCAGAUAUCUGAGCAUAACUGGGAGCACCUCAUUCGUGGAAAAGCCUCUUUGUUAUCGGCCUUGUGUCAGCAGGUCAUGGUCCCUAGAGACUACCUAGUUGUAGUGUGACCUACAUUUAUAAUUAUUGUCAUGUCCAAAUAGAUAGGAGGAGAAAAACAAUUACACACUAAUUUAAAGAGACAGUAUCUUUUUUAAUCAGUUCUCCUAAACUUUAAUAAAAUGUAUCUUUAAAUGUAUGUAUUAUUCAAUCCUUUGGAAUGUUAUAUUUUUGGAAAUCAUAGCUUUUUAUUUCCAAGGCCCCUAAAAACUGCACAAAAUAGAUGCUGCUUUCUAUAAUCUAUUUUAAUAAUAAUAAACAAUGAUUCUGUUACCUUGACUGGGGGUGGAACACUACAUUCUUUUUAGAGUCUGAUUUUAUGGAUUGGAAUAUUGGAAUAUCUUUCUUUCCUUUAUUUAUUUGAAAUAAUUAGUGUAGUGAUUACAAAACAGUCAUAAAUUUUUAAAGGCCUUUUUUCUCUCCUUUUUUUUUUUAGAAUAGUAUUUUUUUUUAAGUCCUUUAUGUAACAUCCAGAUAAUGUGAUACUGUCUCUUUGAAGCACCCUGUAAACCUUUUAGAGAUUUGAAGUUGGGUCUUGACUCUUAAUGCAUGUGGACAGUCGCGAGCGUUUAUGCUGUCGGUGUGUCUGUGUUGGACAAAACAAUCUGUAAUCUACAGCAAAGUACAUUCUACAUUCCGUUCAUGGGGCACACCCAGGGGAAUAAGAAUAAAAUGCUAUUAUGACUAAGUUGUAAACCUAUGCACAUCCCUUGCAUUUUGGGCAACUUUAUAAAAAAAAAAGAAACUGAUUUUUAUUAAUAAUAAUCAUGUAGUGAAAUGUGUUUGUAAUUUUGUCUCAAUUUAAUUUGUUGUAAGGUGGGGUGGGGGGAAUUGCUGGUUUCACCAUUUCAGAUCUGUGUUGUCUAAGAGUAUUAACAUUUUAAUUAAGCAAAGAAAUGAGGAUUUUUAAUCUGUAUGUAAUUGUUUUAAAGCACCCAUUUUAAGAGAAAAUACUGUGCAAUGAAGAAACCAGUUUAGGCAUUUGCUAUAAACUGAAAUAUUCCAAAAGAAUCAUCUAUAACAGCCCUGUAAAUUCCUUUAAAAUGAUAACUAACAGGACAGUUUGACCAAUUUUUUUUAAAUAUACUUCCUUUUAUGUGUUCAAUAAUUAAAUGCCUUUGGGUCCUUCAUUUCAUUACAGAUUUGUUCAGGCUUCCAAGCUGAUAAUCUUUACAAUUGUAUAAUUUGUUAGAUGCUCAUCGAAACUUUGAAGGCCCAGGAGUGAGUAUCAGUUGGCAGGGCGACAAAGUAGCCUGCCAGAGCACAGCUGGACCAUGUCUGACUCGCACAGAGCCAUGCGCCCAAGGGCCACGGGUGUACUGGAGGCCACCUGUGGUCUCUCCUUCCUCUUGCUGUAUCCCUUGGCACAGGGGAAUCAUCUGUCCUUGUUGCUUUAGAGACAUUAACCAUCUCAUAACCCUUCCAUGAAGUCACAUUCUUCCAAUACAGGAGAUUUGGGCUGGGGUUCUCAGACUCUUUGCCAGAGGUCAGUAGAAUGUUUUUCAUUAGCGUGUGAGGGUGUGAAGUGCUUGUAUUAACCUGUGAUCCUUGAAAACAUACCAUCGUUUUUUGCUUCUUGUAGGUUAGAUGGCCUUGUCACCUUGUGCCUUGGCAGGAUGUGCAGGGUGUGUUCUGAGCCGAACAGCUCCUCUUAAAGGACCAAACAGAGAAGGCAUUAGUAUACUUCUUUUACGUUGUCAACACCCUACCCGCCUCCGCCCCCCAUCGCCUAUUAUGAAAUGGUGGCGAUUUUUUUUUUCUGAUGUUGUCCUUUUUGCCAGUGACCAGAUGAGUCUGCAACUUACUAACAAGGUAUUGAGUGAACUACUUCUGUUUGGGCCCCACAGUGGGGUGAGCAAGCCACCAAACCAGAGACAAGCUCAACAGUGGUCUCAUGCUAGAUGGAGAGAGAAACCUUCAAAGAGUUGUUUAGGGCUGUGUUAGGACUGAUUCAAAUCUGAUAGAUGCCAAGGCCAGACAGUCAUUGCUGGUAUGGUACUGACCACAGUUCGGGCUCUUAGUGUGAAGGUGCCCACUCUACCUCUUUUCUGGUGAAGCACAAAGACAACUACAACUAACACAUGGGAAACAGAAACUUCCCUCCCUCUAGUGGAAACCCCCACGCCCCCACUUGCCCUUUGAGCCCACAUCUCCAGAGAUGCUGAUGAUGCCUGUCUUAAGCCAUCUGCCAUGUUUAUAAAGGUGGAUUAAGCAGAGGAGGAGAAAAGCAAUGCCAACUUAGAUGUCUGUGGCCCCAGAAUUCACAGGCACUGUAGCACUCGUCCUCAGUGGCUUUAUACAUCCUCUGAGAAGCACACAGGCAGGCAUCAUUCUUGCCAUCAUUCCGAUGGUGAAAUCCCUGCAUGCAGAAUUCAUUGACUUCUCAAAGAUGUUAUCUGUUCCAUUCCACUAAUACAUGUCUUCUCUAAAGCAGUGUCUUUAUGACCUAGCUGCAUAUACUUAAAUUUCUGAAUUCAGAGUAGUUUCAGUACAUUGCUGCUGCUGCUGCUACUGCUACUGCUACAUUACAGUUGUCCACUAAGCAAUCAGAGAAAAUUGCUAAAAGCUUCUUUACUGCUUCCAUUCCAUCAGCAGAACUUUUUUUUUCUUUCUUUCUUUUAAAGACCAGAAUGAAUGAUUAGAGUACUAAAUCUUAUUAGUGGUCAAUUGAAGUACUGGAGAGCCGUAUUUUGAAGGUUCUCUCCCCCACCCAACUCCAUUCCCCACAGCAAGAAAGGGAGUGUUUUUAUAUGUUGAAUUAUUUGUUAAAAAGAUGAAACGUCCUGAUUUUCCAAUCACAAGACAGUAAUUACUUUGCACAUGCAGCAUAUCCCAUUUUAAUGCUAAAAAGGGAAAUGUCACUCAAUUUAAUUCAUCUGGAAGUUUCCCAGUGUCAAGAUAACAUUGUAGCCUUUUUAAAUGCAAUUAAAUGUAUCUCUUGUCAGGUGAGAUGAUUUAAAAUAUUUGCUCAGAGAGGAAAAGAAAUGGUUGACCUACUUCUUGCUAUUUGCAUUCAGAAGGCAUCGUCCCAGCCCAUCCUAUUGGUGGCAGAAUAUCUAAAGAUGUCGCAAAGUCCCCCACUGCAGUAGAAAUGCAGGAGGUGUUCUGUUCCCCGUCCAAUUCCUUCUUAGGCUGCUAGAGACAGCCAGUGGGCCAAGCCUUCCCCUGUGCUCCAGGCAGGCCUGGGCUGCCGCUACUGUUAUCUUUUUACAGCCUUUGAUCUGAUCGCUGCAGAGUUCUUUUGUUUUUAAAUGACUUGUAUUUGUCUCUUCAUUAAGGCUUCAAGUUUAUUUCUUGAAAAAGUUUAGUCAAUUGAACCACCCUCCAGGAAGAUUCCCAGCGUGGAAACUGCCUCUGAAAAACAAGGCAGCCCAAAGCCAGCUCUCUUUUGUCCUCCACUGAUGUCAUGUCCUUUUUUUUUUUUUUUUUUCAUUUCAGGCCAGUUUCUUAACUUGGGGCAAAGAGAAUGUGUUGCUAAAGCUACCAAGAAAACUGCUUGAUUAACAAAUUCUUAAUAGAAAUGCCUCCCACACUGUCUCUUUGGAAAGAGAAGGCACCUUGGAAUCGGCAUUCCAAAACCAAGCUCCUUGUCGUCCUCAUCCCUCCUCCUUCUUGCUUCCUAUUAUCAAACUCGUGUGUGUUUCAUGUUUUCUCAGAACUGAACACAGCCUCCUAAUUCCAUCCUCUUGACUAGGGCUUACAAUACUGAGUGAUUACAGCCUGUAAUAGGUUAAAGGUCCCUGAGCGUGGCUCUCUUGUUCUGCGCCUCUAAUUAAUUCUUCUAUUGAAAGAUGCUUUCCUUCUAACUGCAGCUUACAGAAAGGCUACAAGCUUUAAUCACAGAUCAUUUCAUUUGCCAGAGGCUUUCCUUUUCUAACUCCUUUAGAAAUAAGAUUUCCCUCUCUGUUUGGAAUCUCUGGAUACAGGACUCUCCUCCAAGCUCAUGGCUUGAUUGGCUUUGCCUGUGCACACGCACAUCAGUUUGCCUUAAACUUGGAGCUAUGGGGAGUCCAGGAUUUUCCAGCUUAGUGGGUGAAGUUUAGCUGUCACAUACGUCCAGGAAGUGGGGGAAAAGGGGAAAAAAGAGGAUAUUCACCACCAUGUUCCCAUCUGGUCUUUCCCCUGCCUUGCUUUGUGCAGCAGGUGGGCAGACAGCCCACAGAAACAGAAGGAGAAAGAGGGCCGCACCAUCUCUGGGGCCAGCACUCCCAAGUCUUAGCUCUUUGUGGGGAUAGAAAAUCCUGAGCUCCCACCACCUCUCAUCUGACCCUCCAUCAACUCCUUUGAACCUGUGCAAAUGGACUGAGCAGAAGAAAAUGGAAGGAGAUGUUUGUCACCACACAGGAGACCUCCUUUCUGGCCCCAAGCACAACUCCAUCUCUGCGUAUGCUCAGAAACUCAGAAUUUAGCUACUACUUAUGUGUUAGCUCCAUUCUCUCUGGUGUGUGACUGAGAGAACACGCCAGUGUUCUUACUGACAGAGGCUUAGGGGUGACCCUCUCUGGACCCAGGGGAAGUACAACCUCUGUAGCGGGAGUUGUCCUUGGGAACAGAAACAGACAUUCCUCCACAGUGAGUGGCUCCCCCUAUUUUUUUUUUUUUAUUUGGAAGAGACCAAGAAUUGGGGGAAUUGAUUUCCAGUCUUAGCUGUUUCCCGGAAUGUCAUCUGUGCAGGCAGGUAGGCGGCUGCCGGGUGCAGCAGGCAGCGUGACUGAUGUGAAGGCCGCCCAAUCCUCACGUGCUGAGACCCGAGUAUCGUGUUUAAUUGCAGUGUAGGCGUGUCGCCAUUCAAACUCAGUUCUGGGGUGGUUUUGCAUAAAGUUUUGCCGACGUGUUCUUUUUUCUGUAUGUAUUAUUGCCUUUUUAUAAAAGGUGUUGAAGUAUUGUCUCAGUGAUAAAAAGAGAGAGAUGUUAAUGGUUGUUGUAUAUUUCACCGUAUCCAAUUGUAAGUAUUUGCAGGGUACAGCAGAGCCUUAGCUUGCAAGAGCGUUUGUGCAGGAGGUGUCCCUCAACACCCAGGAGCUGAAGGGAUUGGAAAGGUUUGGAUUCUUUGUAAAUGUCCUGCUUUUCUUUCUCUCUGUGUGUAUCUAUUUACAUGCCUUAGCACACGCCCUCCCAUCCUGAUCCCUUUGCCCUGUCGCCGGAACAACCAGAAUGCUGGUGCGCUGCCGGCACAGUACAAGUUGAUGAAACCCUAAUCAGUUAUCUUGUGUGACAGGGGAAGAAGAGAAACUCCAUAGUAUUCCUUGUAGAAUAUACAUACCUGUAGGAUGCUGUGUAAUGGGAAACCAUAGAAUUGGGCUUUUGUCAUUUCAAAGUUGGAGAAAUGUAUGAAUAAAAUGUAUAAAACAUGAAAA